CUCCUCUCAUAUCUCCUCUUGCCCUAAAAUGAACAGGAGUGCACUAGUCCUCUGUAUUCCUUUUUCUUACCAAACUGCAACAUCCUGCUGACAGCAUGGCUUUGCUCAGCCUCCCACAGUAUUUCUGACCAGUAUGGACAAAAGGGGUGGGAAAACAAAAAGCUUUUCUUCAGGUAGUCCUGUAACUUGAUCUACAAGGUGACUCAGCCUCUUGUAACACCAGCUGUUUCGGGACGUGCAGUGGUUAUUGUGCAGAAUUGAAGUCUGUGCUGCCACUUCCUGAUUUCUGCUUUGUGAGUGAUCUAAGCUGGGACAUGAUCAGAGCACUUAAACGGACUUUUCAGCCUCCCCCAGAAAAGAGAGGCCAGGGACAGCAGGCUGACGUCGGGAGACAGUGCAGGGGAACAAAGGCGUCGGGAAAGAGCCUACAAACCGCUUGUGCGGACUCACUGCUCUCAAACUGAUGAAGAUAGAAACUCUUGAAAGAAAAGUACAUGGAAAGUCCUGUUAGAGGAAAAAAGUGAGGUUUUGUUUGCAUGCCAUAGCUUACAGGGUGAAACAGAUCCUCGAGUGUACCAAUGGAAGAGACAGAUGACAUUAAGAGCUGCCAGGAUAAGCAUAAAGAGAACACACCGAAGAGUUCCCCAUUUGACUUUGUUAUAAAACAGUUCCAAGGGAAGAGGUCUUCUUCUGGAAAAAGAAAAGAGCAGCCUUCAGCCAUCAAAGAAUUCUUCAGGGGCUUUGACUUUGGGAAAUCCGAAGGCAAGGACAGAAGGGAAAUUGAAAAAACAGAAAUAAACAACUCUGGAGAUGAUGAUCAGAGUGAGAAACAAGAUCUCUCUGCAGAAGGUAAUGCUGAUGAACCUCCACGUCUUGUUUCUGAAGAAGAAUCACCAUCUGGUAAGGAGAGAUUUAACCAGUUCAUGGAGAAACUGGGAAAGAAACCCAACACCAAGAAUCUGGAUCUAAAUAAUUGUGCAUUAAGUGCAGCAGAUGUAAUAGAGCUGGCUUCUUUACUGCCAUUUCUCCCAGAGCUGGAAGAGAUCAGCCUGUCCUGGAAUGGUUGUGUUGGUGGAACUUUGAAAUCUCUUACUGUUCAGCUCCAUCAUGUGAACCUGUUAAAAGUCCUUCGACUUAACAACUGCAGGCUGACAGCUGAGGAUGUCACCUCCUUAGGAGAAGCAUUUGAAGUUGUUCCUCAACUAGAAGAACUGGAUUUGUCAUGGAACAGUAGCGUAGGUGGAAAACUCUCACUCCUGACAAAAAAACUCCAGAAAGGAUGCAAGUUGAAACUUCUGAAAAUCACAGACUGUAACCUGAUGGCAAAGGAUGGAGAAUCCCUAGACACUGCUUUACAGCACCUUGCUGAGCUAAGAAAAUUAGACAUAUCAGGUAACAAAGAGAUUGGCGGUGGCUUUAAGGAUGCAACAGUUCAUUUGGCCAGCUUGAAAAAUCUCGAAGUCCUUGAUCUCCACCAGUGCUGUGUAACAGAAGAGGACAUGACUGUUCUGUCCCAGGUGAUACCUUUACUCUCCAGUCUUCAAAAACUGAAUUUAUCCUCGAAUAAAAAUGUCGGAGUCUCAUCUUAUCCUCUUCUGGGCAGGCUCAGGUUUUUACCAAAGUUGAAAUCCGUGGCCAUCAGCAAUUGUGGUUUAGGUGAAGAGUCAUUUUCAUCACUAGCUGAGGCCGCCCUUCACCUUCCUGAACUGGAGAUAUUAGACCUUUCUUGGAAUAAGUGCGUUGGUGGGAACCUAAAGCUGCUUUGGGAAGCACUAAAGCUUGCAACAGAGAUUCAAGUGUUAAGACUGAGCAGCUGUAACUUGGUGGCUGAAGAUUUGGCACUUUUAACGUUACUGAUGCAGGAUGGCCAUCUAGCCAGAUUACGGAAGCUGGAUUUGAGUUAUAAUAACAACGUCUCUGACGAAGGCUGGGCUGUUUUCUGUCAAGGCCUGGCAGUAUUCAAAGAACUCUCAGAGCUGGACAUCAGUCUUCGCCCGUCGUCCUGCCGCGACUGUGGGAUGUGGUUCAGUGAGUUGUUAGCGGCCCUGACAAAGCUGCCUGCCCUGGCAGAGCUGGGGAUGCAAAGAUGGGUCCUUUCAGAAUCACAGCGAAAACGACUGGAAAACUUUAAUGAAGACAACAAAAGAAACAUUCGUUUUGACUGUUGAUGGAGGCUGAAGGUUUCUGAAAGGCCUUUCACAAGCAGGACACAAACCAAGUAUUGUGUGUCUCUGACUUAGAAGACUGCCCUGGUUUUUAGUAAUCUUGUCUCAUGAGAGCUCGUGAAAUACUUUGGCAAUUAUAGAAAACUGUUAACUUAAUUUCUGCAUGUAUAGAUCAUUGCAUUUAAUAACAUAUUUUUUCAGCUUCUCUGGGCCAUGCUUACACCACAAUAUAAGCUUAACCUUCGUGUUGUGAAUACUGUAAUGAUUCCUGUCCGAAGAGUGAUGGUGAUUUCAGAUGGACAUGCUGCAGGUUUGCCAGGGAGGGAAGUGCCUGUGGUGGGUGCUAAUGCAGGUGGGUGGGCAAGGUGAAAGUGUAUAUAAAGAAAAUGCCUCUAAUGUGAAAAUACUUGAAACCUCUGUGUUUUAAAUUUUAGUUUCUUCUCUCCCAAAACUUUUGCCUCUUCAUGAGUUCAUUAAAUCUACAGAUUUGUGAGGUUUGGAAAGCAUCCAAACAACUCAGUCUAGCGAGGAAAAUACAGAAGGGGCUGUUCUACCUCUGCUCUGGCCCUUAAUGGCAUCUCAUAGCGCAGAUGAGUCCUGCUUACAGAAUCAGCAUAAAAUCAAGGUAAGAAACAGUUGACUUGUGUCUUUGCAGAUCUCAGGGGCAAGGGAAGUGGUGCGUUAGGUUAAAUCAUAGAUAUGUCCAGCUACCUUAACCAGGAUUUUGGGCACAGAGCAAUCCAUAAGCAUUCUAGAUGACGCUAUGCAAAUACUUCAGGAUACUUCAGGGAUGCUCCUUCUCAUCCUGAGCUGUUUCAGCCUUACCCAGACUGUGCUUUCUGGCCAGACCCUUUUAUGAUAUACAGCAUAAACCCAAACUUCCAGAUCUAAGACUCUGAUCUAGAGCAUGUGAAAGCCAGUGGGAGUCCCCACAGUGCCUUCAUGCUUCCUGCAUUCAGGAUUAAUCCAUUAAUCUUCACAAUACCUUGUGACAUAUCAUCACCUUAAAGAUGAAGGAAAUAAGCAAAGGCUAUUAUUCAAAGCCACAGAGCAACUUCUAGCUAAGAGCAGAGCACCCUGCUCUGUGCCCAAGACUUGUUAGAAAAAGCACCACCUUGGGAUGUGCGUCUCCUUCUUUUCUUUGUUUGAUAACCUCUUAUUUGGCAUUUUAUUGUGUGUGCUUAAUACAGAACCAAAUUCUGGCAUAGUCACUUGUGUCAUGAAUCAUGUUAACCCACAUGUUAGCUCAAAGACUGCUGUGGGAUUAUUCAUUGGUAAGGUAUUUUAGGAAGUAAAGGCAUUAGAUCUGCCCACUGAGUAAGUCUUAGAGAAAUCCUGAGGCAGCUUGAGGGAUAAAGUGCUGCUCAAUUAGCCCUGAGUGUACCUACAUGCUACAGCAAUCUCCUGGAGGAGAGGCACAAUGGCAUCAUUCAGUUGCACUUUCCUAACUUUCCAGGACCUCACUCAGCAAGUUCUGCCAUGCAGGUGCAGAUCAAUAUUCAGCCUUCAGUCUGGGUAACCCUUCCGACAUGAGCUUCUGGCUGAUCAGGGGCUACAACCAUCAGCUGACCAUGCUAUGCUGAUACCUGUUGAUCAUUUAAUUCAUGAUUUCAUGUGAGGGUCUCUAUGGAUUUCCUGGUUUCAACUGAAAAGUGCACUUGGCUGCCCCAGCUCUAAGAAAUGUGAUGAACUGGAGUGUCUUGGCCAGCAGUCACAGGAAAUUGCUGCAGUGUAGGAUCAGUUAUUUUCUACAGAGUUCUUCAACCUCUGAAAUGAAGCAAAGAGCCCCUGUUUCAUACAGGGAUAACAAGAGAGACUUUCAAGCAGUGACUCAAGAGUUGUUCUAAUGUGGAAGUACCAUCAUCUCUGUUUAACAGCAGAACACUAAUCUCUUCAUCACUCGCCUUCCUGUGACUCUGCCUUUGGUCCAAGUGGGAAAUUAAUCCUUUAACUGUUCUGUGAGAAUCUCUCUGAAUCACUCCUUUCUCAUUUGAACCUCUCUCUAAUUCAGUAAAGCAGCUGGGCCAUGUUUAAUGUCUGGUAUCUGUUGUAAUCUUACUGACUGAACUGGAUUUCAGUAUUGGAGUUUCUUUCUUUGUCAUAUAGUUGGGUUUCUUCUCAGCUCCAGAGCAUAUUACAGACUUGCUGCUGGCAACCUCUCCAUUUGCUGCUGAUCUUUCUCAGUCACUUGCCCUCUGGUUCCGUCAUACCUGUUGUGCCACUAAAAACCUUUCAUUAAAUCCCUCUACUAAAUGUCAUGUUUAUCUGCCGAUCUUCCCAAAAAGCUCUCACUUCCAGUGGUUGCCUUCUUCGUAGUCUCUGAAUCAUCCCUUGUCUCUGUUCUUCUUUGUCUUCACUUAAAGUGAAAAAAUUUUGUAAGACACCUCCAAACAAUCAAAACAGCAUCAGUCAUGUAGUAGAAUGGAAAACCAAAACUGAGCCAUCCCGCUUUUCUGCACUCACAGCUCUCUCCUGCCAACAAGCAUAUUGAUGAGAUUUCAGUAUCGAUUCAAGAGCCAAACAGAAAUAAGAUCCAUGCCCUGGAUGCAGAUGUAGCUGCGGCAUUCAGAGAGCACUGCCUGGAGGUGGAGCUCUAGGAAGAGCUGGGUCUCAGUGACGUUGCCUUUGCCACCUGCUUCAGGAUGCCACCACCUUCUCCGAGACAACUCGGUGAACAAGAGCAGGACUGCAGUUCUGACCAGUUAAACUAAAUAAAGGGUUCUGAUCCACCCACUUGUGUAUUUUAAAGUCUGCACAGUGGUCUGUCUUAGUCCAGCUCUAUGCUUUAUGGAUGCUGCAAAUAAAACUCUGGAGGGUUUUAAGGAGUAAGUACAGCUCUCUGUAAAGUGUUGUGAAAGGACAUGGCUGUAUAUAAAUUUAACAUGCUAGAGUUAUAGUAAGGAGAGCUGGUCCUGACUCUUUUGAGUAACAAAGGUGUUAAGACAUGCCAGGACCCAGAACAGUUGCAGAAUGUUGCAUCCUCUCUGCUUUCAAAUAAGCCUGCCUUACACAGAUGUUUUACAAACUGUCGCCAGGCUAUCUGAGAGAUGAGCUAUAACACUGAGGAUUUGACAGCUUGCAGUCAGUCAAAAUACUCUAACUAGAUUGUCAAAACAUCAGUGAACAGUUUUGCAAAAGUGUAGAGAUACUUUGAAAACAGCUUUUUACACCUCUGAAAGGCAGGGUGGUAAUGCAGGUUCUGAUAUAAGUGCAUAUAUUCUGACUGCCUAGAAUCCUCCUCCAUAUUUCCAGUCAAGGUAUUGGUCAUUUCUGAAUAUAAAACUCAUUAAAUAACUGAUACUACCCUGGGAAUAUCUACUAAACACAAAGACAACAUGAGUUUUAGACACAGAGUUUUGAUAUGAUUCCUAUUCUGACAGCCCUGGUGCUACACCAUGUACCUUAAGAGAUUAGGAGAACCUUCAGUCCUGCUUUUGGGAGCAGCUGAAGUCCACAGAAGUGCUAUGUUGCAUCAGAAAAAGAUCUUCCCCCUUCUAUCACUCCUACCUGCAAUUCGCUCAUGUCUUCUGGCAGAACUGUGAAUGUAAUGUCUUUAUUUUGUCCCACGUAUAAUCUCUGUGAUGACUCUAGGAGAAAGAUUUCUUUUGGAAAGAUACUGGAUAGGUCCUCAGGUAGGCUAAGGUAUUUCAAAUUUGUCAGUUCUUUCACCUCACAGAUACCUAAACAGAAUCAUUAAAAAGAUACAGUAUGUCAAUUAAA